UGUAGCACAGCAAGGAGGAAGCAAAGUAUUUGUUUUCACUGUCAGGUAAGAUAGUUGCCAAAAAUGAAAGAACAUAAGACCAGUUCAAGUGAUUGAGUUGGAGUUUGAUCUUGGGCUUCAAUAAUAAAAUGGAAAUAUAAAGGAUGUGUUUAUAAAUUACCGUUUGUGUGUGGCAGCCUGUUAAUGUCAUUUCUGAAGAAUAGCUUAGUUUUAAAAUGUGGUUUAAUCUGCAGCAGGAUGUGAUCUUUAUAAUCUGCUACCACAAGUUUUAUUGCCACAAGUUUCUUUGCUUUUCUGGAAGGAGUUUUGUUUGUUUAUUAAAGGCACGUGAAUGUCAGAGGAACUUACACAUAUAUGGGGACAGAGGCAAUGUUGACAAGUAAAUGAGACCUCUGGUUGCUGUCUGCAGUAGAGAAAAUUAAAUCAGCCCCUGAAAUAGAAUUAGGGUGCAGUUCUCUAAGCACUGCUGCUAGUCCAGUCAUCUUUGCUGGGGUAUUGUGGCUUUGUGACUCUGGAUUUAUGUCAAGGAUACACUGUUAAAGAGGUGCUGUGAAUAUGAUCAGUGGGGCAUGUGCAAUUAGCAUUGAAAUCUCUUGUAAGAUGGGUGAAGUCCUUUUCUGUUUAUAUUAAAGCUGUUAAAUAGUAACCUGUUAAGCAAUUACUUUACUAUGAUGACAAUUGCCUUGUCCCAUUAUAUUUUAAGGGAACUGUUUAAAGAGGUUUAUGACCUCGGAUUUUUGCUGGCCUCUCAGUUUUUUCCCAGUAGAUUUUUCUGUCCUCUCACUUAGUGUGAUCAGUUAAAUAACAGUUUCAGUGUUUGGGAUAACUGUGAGAGAGGGGAAACGGGGUUUGGGAUCACCCUGAAAUAGAUCUGUUACUGGUGGAAGAAAAAUUCACUCCUACUCUGUGCUGCUUGUGCCCACCUCUCUUCUUACCUUUCUUCUCCCACUGGAGAAGCUAUCCACAGCUCAUUUCAGCCGAACACAAAAUUACUGACAAGCAGUUGUUGAUUUGAAAUUAAGAGUUCAGCUGGCCUAACUAGCUAGUCAUGGCUGUAAGGGGCAGUCCUGCUUGUAGUCCCUGCCUUUAUGUUCCUGCUGCUUCGGAUUCGUCCUGCCUAGCAGUUUUUUGGCCACAGAGUGAGUUAAUGUUCUAUUUUCUUAUGGAUCAAGCACUUGAACUAUAGCAGUAUGACUGCAAGGUCUGACACAGAGGGAGGCAGGGACCUGCCGCUGGGAGUGGGAGAGGGGAGGAGAGUGUAGGGUUGCACUUCCUUUAACCUGCAACCCCAUGAUUAUGGGUUUUGCUGAUUAAUUGCGCCAACAGUUAUCUGAUUUAGGGCAGGGGGAGGUGGAAUGUGCCGAACGAGAUUAGCAAGUCAAUUCACUUUUAGGGGAGGGAGGUGUCAAGCUGAACCAGGACGCUGUGAAAAAAAUAAAGCUUCUCUUAUUUGAAGAUCAGCAGUUAACAAAGGCAGAGUGAAGAAUUCGCCACGUCACAACUGAAGCUUUGGGAGGAUCUUUGUUACACAUUCUGGAGAACAGUUAAUGUUGUCAUAAGUACAUAAUUGUGUCGCCUAAAAUUUGAUACCAGCUGUAGAGUAGAUGGCUCAGCUUCCUCCGGGCAUUCGCUUCAUCACUUCAUUUUCACGAGAUCAGUGGUAUAGAGCCUUCAUUUUCUCUCUCACUUUCUUCUUGUAUGCCAGCUUCCAUUUAUCAAGGAAACCUAUUAGUAUAGUUAAGGGAGAGCUACAUAAGCAUUGUGCUGCUUCACAUGAAGUUGAACACGAUUCUUACAAAGAAUAUGCUGCGCAGAUUCAGCCUGUCAAAAAGCCAUCUAAUGUAUCUCAGUGUGGUUGGGAGCCAUUUGAUAAGAACAACUACAAACAGUUACUGGGAGCACUGGAUUACUCAUUUUUGUGUGCAUAUGCAGUUGGAAUGUAUUUAAGUGGAAUAAUAGGAGAACGGCUACCUAUCCGGUACUAUCUGACAGUUGGGAUGCUUGCUAGCGGACUCUUCACUGCGAUGUUUGGAUUGGGUUAUUUCUAUAAUAUACAUAAUCUGUGGUUUUACAUAAUGGCCCAGAUAGCUAAUGGGUUGGUGCAAACUACUGGCUGGCCGAGUGUCGUUACAUGUAUUGGCAACUGGUUUGGAAAAGGAAGGAGAGGUUUGAUCAUGGGAAUCUGGAAUUCACACACUUCAGUGGGAAAUAUCUUGGGAUCCUUAAUUGCUGCUUAUUGGGUGUCUACAUGCUGGGGUCUGUCCUUCGUGAUGCCUGGUGUUAUCAUUGCUGUGAUGGGGAUUGUUUGUUUCCUGUUUCUUAUUGAACAUCCUAAAGAUGUAAGUUGCUCCUGCACACCAUCCAGCCAUGAUCGUGAGCCCAGUAUUUCUACAGAGUUUGUAGUGAGUUCUAAAACCUUUCUGAAUGGUGCAUCUCGAUUCAGAGUCCAGAUGACAACUUUAAAUGCUAAGGAAACCAGCAAACCUCAGGAUCCAGAGAUGCAGCAUUUACUUGACAGUGAAAAUUGCAGCGUGUCACUGAACUCCAGCACUGUGGUCACUGGGGAAGGUAGACAUGGGACAUCAGCCAUCAGCUUCCUUGGGGCCUUGCGAAUACCAGGAGUCAUCGAGUUCUCCCUUUGUCUUCUGUUUGCAAAGCUGGUGAGCUAUACUUUCCUCUUCUGGCUUCCCCUCUAUAUCACAAAUGUAGAGCAUCUUGAUGCCAAAAGAGCUGGGGACCUAUCUACACUGUUUGAUGUGGGUGGAAUCUUCGGUGGAGUUUUGGCAGGCCUGAUUUCAGACAGGCUGGAGAAGAGGGCAUCAACCUGCGGAAUGAUGUUACUGCUUGCAGCACCCACAUUGUACCUGUUCUCUGCAGUCAGUAAAAUGGGUCUUGAGGCUACUGUAGUGAUGCUGCUUAUCAGUGGUGCCCUAGUGAAUGGCCCCUACGCUUUGAUCACCACUGCUGUCUCUGCUGACUUGGGUACCCAUAAAAGCCUGAAAGGGAAUGCAAGAGCCUUGUCCACAGUGACAGCGAUCAUCGAUGGAACAGGAUCUGUAGGUGCGGCUUUGGGGCCUCUCUUAGCUGGUCUUAUUUCCCCAUCUGGUUGGAACAACGUGUUUUACAUGCUUAUGGUGGCAGAUGGAUGUGCCUUGCUAUUCUUACUCCGUCUUAUUCAGAAGGAGCUUCGGUGUAAUGCAGAUCAUACCCUGUUUAAAGAACACUGAGAUACGAAACGAGAUUUGGAAUAAGGAUUGCAUCAGUCAUAUCUCUUCCCUGAAAAACAAACUUCAUGGAAUGCGUUAUUCUGCAUUUAAGAGAUUGUUUGGUGAAGAACUUUACAGGUUUGCUGGAAGCAAUGUGACAAAUGUGGCUGGUAAACCCCUGAAGCUCUUAUUUUUGCACAUGAAUAAGUACCUCAGGAUGGCAACUAUUCAUCAGAUGAAGAGACAGGAACUUUGGGAAGGUUUUAGCAGCACACCUCAACUGAGCCAAAGAGAAAUACCAAGUGCCUUUUUAUUUCUUUUGAUAGAAUGUUUUUAAUUAAAAUGCAGAACUGUGUAUUUUCCAAAACCAAGUCAAAACUAGAGCAGAAGGAAUUUGAAAUCGUAACGGUCUAGCAGUGAAACGUCCCAGUGUCAGUGAGCAAAGUAUGUAUCCCUUAUGUCAUCUUGCACACAUAGAGGGCAUCACUUUAGAGAGGAUGAUACCAGCUGGUUAUUAAGAUGCACUGCUGUUAAUAUUUUGAAGCUGCUCAGACAAUAAUAACCUCACAUACUAUUAAUUUGUAACUACAGUACUGCUUCGAAUCCCGAGGACAUCCAGCCUUUUGGUAGGUAAUAAAAUGGAACUUAGUGUUGCGGUGUACUGUGGUUAGCAGUUUUCACAGACUCUCUGGAUGGAUGUUAAUCCUCAGUUAGGAUUGUGCAAAAAGGAGUCCUAAGCAUCACGCAGUUGUGCUGCUCCACUAGGCUGGGUUGAAAUGAGAGGUGGUUCCUUUGGGGUGGCAGGGAACUGUGAGCUGUCAUACUUUAGCACUACAGGAUUGAACAGAUGAGCUGCUUUAGUGCCCGUGGCCACAGUGAUCUCUGCUGGGUACUCCCAGAUUUCAGUGCUGACAUGGGCAUGUGGAAAUCAUUCUCAGAUCAGGGCCUUAAUAAUUAGAAAUUUCUUUCAAGUGGCUCUGAAUUUCAGAUUUGGAGCCAAAAUAUCAGAAAAGAAAAAUGACCUAGGUAGUAUGUUUUAAGAGAACAUUUCAGUAACUAGAGUUAUGCAGCAAAUUAGAUGGUUUAAUAUCUUCAAAACAUAUCAUUUCUUUGUACAGCUAUCUUCUUUGCAAAACAGAUGUUUCUGUGAUUUUUCUUUUUCAAGAUGUACAGACUAAAAAGGAUUUUUGUUUUUGUAUGAGAUGUUUAUACUUAGAUCACGAAGGCUAGAUAAAUUCAGCUGUGUAUUAUUCUUAACUGUAUUUAUUAAAGUUCUAGGCAUAUGUCUUGUUCUGAACUGUUUGUGAAACGAUGCAGUAGCCUUUACACUUGACGAACAAAACAGCACGCUCUAAAAUAGUCCUGUAACACAUGGAGAAAUGUCUCAUCAGCUGCUGGUGUUGUGUUCCAUGUGCUGGCACAACACUUGGCGAUCACAGAACAGCCCUGGAAAUUCAGUCUUUGAGUUUUUACUUCACUGGUUUAAUUCAGCACGUGCUUUAUGCUUGUCUUGACCAGUGUAAGACAGUGUUCAUUUUUAACUGUUCUGCUGAACAGAGAUACAAGGAAGACCUCAGUCCCACAAAGGCUUAAGGAAGGUGCCAAGUCCUUGCAAGUGAAUGCCCUAUGUAGGCCCUGACCCUGCAGUUACCUAGAUGAAUAGCGAACUUCACACGUUUUUGAGUGAAACUGUUGAGACCAGUGGGGAUACUCAACACGUGAAUUAAUACAUCUGUGCUGCAUUUGGGCUUUAGGCUGUAGUUAAAUGGGACAGAAUUCUGCAGUGAUGUUACUUGAAAGGACAUCCAGUGGCAUGGCACACUGCCCCUCGCUCGCCCAGACUGACUCGGGGGGACUGCUAGCCAGACCAGGGGACUGAUCAAGCCUCUGAUGGGGGAAAAAUAACAUUGCAGCCCCAGAACAUCUGUACUGGCACAACUUCAAUGGCUGUGUGAGGAGAGGGGGAGGAAGGGAUGGAUGGAUGGAUGGAGGACUACUUUAGCUGAAGAUGCCAAUCCCUUCCCCCCAAAAAGCUGUGUAGAUCUAUAUACUAGUUUAUAGAAACAACUUGAACUGCUGCACUCAGAUUUUGAGAGGCUGUUCCCUAUGGGCUGAAGUCUUCGGUUAAAAUGCUUUCAGUUGUAUUUAGUAGUAACAAAUUGUAAAGAUUUAAUUGUGUUUUGGGUUUUACAUGUUUUACUUGUUGGGGCCGCUGCUGUUAUUUAUUUAUUUAUUUUAAUAGCUUUUGCACUUCAUUGACUUGGAUAUGGGAUGGCAACAAUGUUGGAGGUGCUGGGCUGAGUCCUUCCUUCCAUUGAUUGUAUGCCGGAGUUAGGACUCAGUGUGCUAUUAAAAAAAAAAAAAAAUUUAGUCUCCUUCCUUGCUAAUGUGCAGCUUUUCAGUUCUUCCCAGCUAUGAAUUUGUUGGACAAAAAGAUAAAAGAUUUGUUUUUCUUAACAACCCUAAAGGUCCCCCAAGUUGUGAAUAAACUGUGUGUUGUUAGUAUCGGGUGUCAAUAUCCAUUAAUCUGGAAAUGAGCAAAAGUGACAAAAUUUUGUAUGUAGAAAUGUGAGUGACCAGUAGAUAAAGCCAAAUUUAAAUAGGACUGGAGGGUUGGUUUGUUGAUUUUUAAUGCUGGUUAUUGUGAAUUUUAUCCAUUUACCGUCCUGUGGUGAAUAAAAUAGAUCCUACUUUAA